AUGGCGAAUUUGCUUCGCCGCCAUCACGAACAUGAUCCCCCGAUAGGAGAAAUACCCGUGCCUCACGGCCCCGAGACGGGAGAUGAGCACCAGCACUACCCUCGAAGGGCCUCUGCUAGCUACGCCACCGAUUACGAGAGGCAAAUUUUCUCUCAUCUAACGCACCCUGACGACUCGUAUACGACUGAUGGCGUCUACUGGGCCGACUUACCCUUCUGGAAGCGCUGGUCUUUCGUUAGCAAGGUCGACCGAGCUGAGAGCGCCGAAGAAGCCAAAAACAUCUGGGCUAUGAUCAAAGAAGAUCCUCUUAGCCCAGUCUCUUGGUACUUCCGGAACGCCAUUUUACCCGGUGCCGGACUGGGCUUGGAAGGCUACGUUCUCUUCUCCAUCGGAAAUCUAGAGCCUCUCUUCGAGAGCGUUUGGGGAACCUGCUGGGGCAAGGCUGGUACUGUGUGUACCAAGAACUGGGUGGCCGCUGUGACCUACCUCGAGAUCAUUGGUAUCAUGGUUGGCCAAGUCUUUGUCGGGAUCAUUGGCGACUGGGUUGGUCGAAGAUGGGGUUUGAUACAAGACGCCUUGGUUAUGCUGCUCGGUCUUCUCAUGUUAACUGGAUCUUGGGGUACGACACUCCAAGGUUGGGUCAUCAUGUACGCAUGGUCCCUGUUCGUUUACGGUAUCGGAGUUGGUGGUGAAUAUCCUAUCACGGCUACAUCGUCUAUGGAAAAUGCUGUUACUGCCGGCAGAUUAUCAACCAGAGAUGAUCGUCUCCACCGUGGUCGCAAAGUUACGAUGGCCUUUUUGAUGCAAGGCUGGGGUCAGUUUGUCAACCAAGUUGUACUCAUUGUUCUAUUGGUGAUUUUCAACCGCGGUAGCGGUGAGGCUCCCUACUCCGCAACUGCCGCUCAGUAUGCAUUCCGCUUGUCCUUUGCUUUCCCAGCUAUCGGUACUUUGUGGUUGGCCUACUACCGUACUUGGAAAAUGAAGUCCGCCAGCAAGCAGUUAGAGGCGGCCAAGAAGAAGUCAAACGUGACGGGAUACGAUGUUCGAUCUCUUAAGCUGACAAUCGGUAACUUUGGCGGACGUCUACUAGCCACUGCUGGUGGGUGGUUUUGUAACGACGUGUUCUUCUAUGGCAACAAGCUCUUCCAAAGUCAAUUUAUCAAAGUUAUCUCUGAUAAUCCCAAUUCGAUCAUGACUACGUGGACAUGGAACUUGGUCAAUGUUGUCGUUUCGCUUGCUGGCUAUUACGCUGCUUCCAUGCUGAUUGACAACAAAAUGUAUGGCAGGAAAACUAUGCAACAGGUUGGUUUCCUGAUGUGCUUCGUCAUGUUCGUGGUUCCGGCGUUUCACUACGACUACUACAGCAGCCCCGCGGGGAUUCACGCUUUCCAGGCCAUGUACUUCCUAUCGUCCUUCUUUAACCAGUUCGGACCCAACUCGGUUACCUUCCUCGUCGCCGGAGAGGUUUUCCCUACUCAGAUUCGAGCCAGCGCCCACGGGUUUUCGGCCAUGAUUGGAAAGGCCGGUGCUCUCUUAGCUUCCGUGCUAUACAACUAUAUCGAUACCCGAACUAAGUUCUACGUCGUUCCCUGGUUUGGUCUUGCUGGCAUGCUCAUUACGUUACUUUGGCUCCCCGAUACGACUGGUCUUGAUCUUAAGGAACAGGAGCGUCGGUGGCAAUACAUCCUUGAUGGCCGCGAGAACGAGUACCACGGCAUUGCCAUCCACCCUCAGCACCUUUCGCUCUGGGAGAGAUGGACUGGUGUCGGAAAGAACUAUCACCCCGACCUGGACAUGAAGGCUAAGAUUAGGGACAUGCGUGCCGACUGGGAAGAGAGAGAGGCUGCUAGAGCUGGUAGCGAUUCGGAGUCUGCGGCCCCGGUUGAAGACGACGAGGACUACACUCACGAGAUCUACAACUACUUUAAAGGCCACGCCCCCAGUAGUGUCAACUCGCUAAAGCAUGAAAAAGGGGUAGACAGGUCGUCACCUUCCAACUCGAAGAGCGCGCCUAGCGAUACGAUAGAAGAGCAAACUCUGAACGAAAAGACCCCCAAGGCUUCUUCGUCGAGCUAA